AUGACCAGCCUGAAACGGUCGCAGACAGAGCGGCCCGCUGUCCCCGAAAGGGCCUCGGUUGUCGCCACGGAUGGCGCUCCCAAAGUCCACACCGACGACUUCUACAUGCGGCGCUUCAGGUCCCAGAAUGGCAGCUUAGGGUCCUCAGUCAUGGCUCCGGUAGGGCCCCCCCGAAGUGAAGGUUCUCACCAUAUAACCUCCACCCCCGGAGUCCCCAAGAUGGGGGUUAGGGCUAGGAUUGCGGAUUGGCCCCCACGAAAGGAAAACGUCAAAGAAUCUAGCCGUUCAAGCCAGGAAGUAGAAACCUCAAGUUGCCUUGAGAGCCUGUCCUCCAAAAGCAGUCCUGUGAGUCAGGGAAGUUCUGUGAGCCUCAAUUCCAGUGACUCAGCCAUGCUGAAGAGCAUACAGAACACGCUGAGAAACAAGACGAGGCCGGCGGAGGGCAUGGACUGCAGGUUUCUGCUGCCCGAAGCCUACCCCAGCUCCCCCAGGAAGGCUCUCCGCAGGGUCCGGCAACGGAGCAAUAGCGACAUCACCAUAAGUGAGCUGGACGUGGAUAGCUUCGAUGAAUGUGCCUCGCCCACCUACAAGACUGGGCCGUCUCUGCACAGGGAAUACGGUAGCACCUCCUCAAUUGACAAGCAGGGAACGUCUGGGGAAAGCUUCUUCGAUCUGCUGAAGGGCUACAAAGACGACAAGUCCGAUCGAGGUCCAACUCCGACCAAGCUCAGCGACUUCCUCAUCACCGGCGGGGGCAAGGGCUCCGGUUUCUCUCUGGAUGUUAUCGACGGGCCCAUCUCCCAGAGAGACAACCUCAGGCUCUUUAAGGAAAGGGAAAAACCACUCAAGCGCCGCUCCAAGUCCGAAACCGGAGACUCGUCCAUUUUUCGGAAAUUACGCAAUGCCAAGGGUGAGGAACUUGGGAAGUCGUCGGAUCUGGAAGACAACCGGUCGGAAGACUCUGUCAGGCCCUGGACAUGCCCAAAGUGCUUUGCCCACUACGAUGUCCAGAGUAUAUUAUUUGACUUGAAUGAGGCGAUUAUGAACAGGCACAAUGUUAUCAAGAGGAGAAACACCACCACGGGGGCAUCGGCCGCUGCCGUGGCCUCCCUGGUCUCAGGGCCUUUGUCCCACUCGGCCAGUUUUAGCUCCCCGAUGGGCAGCACGGAGGACCUGAAUUCCAAGGGGAGCCUCGGCAUGGACCAGGGAGACGAUAAGAGCAAUGAGCUGGUACUGAGCUGUCCGUAUUUUCGGAACGAGAUCGGUGGAGAAGGUGAAAGGAAGAUCAGCCUGUCAAAAUCAAAUUCUGGUUCCUUUAGUGGGUGUGAAAGUGCCUCCUUUGAGUCCACGCUUAGUUCCCAUUGCACAAACGCAGGAGUGGCUGUACUCGAGGUGCCCAAGGACAGCCUCGUGCUGCAUCUGGACAGGGUGAAGAGGUACAUCGUGGAGCACGUGGAUCUGGGUGCAUACUAUUACAGGAAAUUCUUCUAUCAGAAGGAACACUGGAACUAUUUUGGGGCCGAUGAGAAUCUUGGUCCGGUGGCUGUGAGCAUUCGAAGGGAAAAACCAGAAGAAACGAAGGAAAAUGGAUCUCCAUACAACUACCGAAUAAUUUUUAGAACCAGUGAGCUCAUGACACUGAGAGGCUCAGUCCUGGAGGAUGCCAUUCCCUCAACGGCAAAGCACUCGACCGCCAGAGGAUUGCCCCUGAAGGAAGUGCUGGAGCAUGUGAUUCCUGAGCUCAACGUCCAGUGCUUGAGGUUGGCCUUCAACACUCCAAAGGUCACAGAGCAACUCAUGAAACUGGAUGAACAAGGGCUGAACUAUCAGCAGAAGGUGGGCAUCAUGUACUGCAGAGCUGGACAGAGCACUGAAGAGGAGAUGUAUAACAAUGAGUCAGCCGGCCCGGCGUUUGAGGAAUUCCUUCAGCUGUUGGGAGAACGUGUUCGGCUCAAAGGAUUUGAGAAGUAUCGUGCACAGCUUGACACCAAAACUGACUCCACUGGAACCCAUUCUCUGUACACAACAUACAAAGACUAUGAAAUUAUGUUCCACGUUUCCACCAUGCUGCCAUACACGCCUAACAACAAGCAACAGCUCCUACGGAAGCGGCAUAUUGGAAAUGAUAUCGUAACAAUUGUUUUCCAAGAGCCGGGAGCACAGCCAUUCAGCCCAAAAAACAUCCGAUCCCACUUCCAGCACGUUUUCGUCAUCGUGAGGGUCCACAACCCCUGCACUGAGGGGGUCUGUUACAGUGUGGCCGUCACCAGGUCCAGAGACGUGCCUUCCUUUGGACCUCCCAUCCCCAAAGGGGUCACUUUCCCUAAGUCAAAUGUGUUCAGGGACUUCCUUUUGGCCAAAGUGAUUAACGCAGAAAAUGCUGCUCAUAAAUCAGAAAAGUUUCGGGCCAUGGCAACUCGGACCCGCCAGGAAUACCUGAAAGAUCUGGCAGAAAAGAAUGUCACCAACACCCCUAUUGACCCAUCUGGCAAGUUCCCAUUCAUCUCUCUGGCCUCCAAGAAGAAGGAGAAGUCUAAGCCAUAUCCAGGAGCUGAGCUCAGUAGCAUGGGGGCCAUUGUGUGGGCCGUCCGGGCCAAAGACUACCACAAGGCCAUGGAAAUCGACUGCCUGUUAGGGGUUUCCAACGAGUUCAUCGUUCUCAUCGAGCAGGAAACCAAGAGUGUGGUUUUCAACUGCUCCUGCAGAGAUGUGAUAGGGUGGACCUCAACUGACACCAGCCUCAAAAUCUUCUACGAGCGAGGAGAAUGUGUUUCAGUGGAGAGUUUAAUUAAUAAUGAGGACAUCAAAGAGAUUGUCAAAAGGUUGCAGUUUGUGUCAAAAGGUUGUGAAUCGGUGGAGAUGACCCUGCGAAGGAACGGGCUGGGACAGCUCGGCUUCCACGUUAACUACGAGGGCAUCGUGGCAGAUGUGGAGCCCUACGGCUAUGCCUGGCAGGCAGGGCUGAGGCAGGGCAGUCGGCUGGUGGAGAUCUGCAAGGUGGCGGUGGCCACCCUGAGCCAUGAGCAGAUGAUCGAUCUCCUGAGAACAUCCGUCACAGUGAAGGUCGUCAUCAUCCCCCCGCACGAUGACUGCACCCCACGGAGGAGUUGCUCUGAAACCUACCGCAUGCCAGUGGUGGAAUACAAAAUGAACGAAGGGGUUUCGUACGAAUUCAAGUUUCCCUUCCGAAAUAAUAACAAAUGGCAGAGGAAUGCCAACAAGGGGCCUCAUUCACCUCAAGUCCCCUCCCAGGUGCAGAGUCCCAUGACCUCGAGGCUGAAUGCUGGGAAAGGAGACGGGAAGAUGCCUCCUCCAGAAAGAGCUGCCAACAUCCCUCGAAGCAUCUCCAGCGAUGGACGCCCACUGGAGAGGCGGCUGUCUCCCGGUUCAGACAUCUACGUGACGGUCUCAUCCAUGGCUCUAGCAAGGUCCCAGCAGUGUCGUAACUCCCCUAGCAACCUGUCUUCAUCCAGCGAGACUGGCUCUGGUGGAGGCACUUACAGGCAAAAAUCCAUGCCCGAAGGGUUUGGAGUAAGCCGCAGAUCGCCAGCCUCCAUCGACAGGCAGAACACCCAGUCAGAUAUUGGUGGCAGCGGGAAAUCUACACCCAGCUGGCAAAGAAGUGAGGAUAGCAUUGCUGACCAAAUGGAGCCAACGUGCCAUCUCCCAGCAGUGUCAAAGGUUCUGCCUGCUUUUCGAGAGAGCCCCAGCGGGAGAUUAAUGCGGCAGGAUCCGGUGGUGCAUUUAUCUCCAAACAAACAAGGGCAUUCCGAUAGCCACUACUCGAGCCACUCCAGCAGCAAUACCCUCUCCAGCAAUGCGUCGAGCGCGCACAGUGACGAGAAGUGGUAUGAUGGGGACCGCACCGAAUCCGAACUCAACAGCUACAACUACCUGCAGGGCACGUCCGCCGACAGCGGCAUCGACACCACCUCCUACGGCCCCAGCCACGGCAGCACGGCCUCCCUGGGGGCCGCCACGUCGUCACCUCGCUCGGGGCCGGGCAAGGAGAAGGUGGCGCCCCUGUGGCACAGCUCCAGCGAGGUGCUCUCCAUGGCAGAUCGGACUUUAGAGACCGAGAGCCUCGGCAUGGACCGGAAGGCAGAAUCCUCCCUGAGCUUGGAUAUCCACAGCAAGAGCCCGGCCGGCUCAAACCCCCUGACCAGGGAGAACAGCACUUUCAGUAUAAAUGACGCUGCUUCCCACACAAGUACCGUGGGCUCCCGACACUCUGCCAGCCCGGUGGUCUUCACCAGUGCCAGAAGUUCCCCGAAAGAGGAGCUCCAUCCUGCCACCUCGCAGCUCGCACCUGCCUUCCCUUCCUCCUCCUCCUCCUCCUCCUCCUCGUCCGGCCCUAGGACCUUCUACCCUCGCCAGGGCGCGACCAGCAAGUACCUGAUUGGGUGGAAGAAACCCGAAGGAACCAUAAACUCCGUGGGAUUUAUGGACACGAGAAAGCGCCAUCAGAGUGAUGGCAAUGAGAUAGCCCACACCAGGCUGCGCGCCUCAACCAGGGACCUCCGGGCGUCCCCCAAGCCAGCCUCCAAGUCCACCAUCGAGGAGGACCUCAAGAAACUCAUCGACCUGGAAAGCCCAACUCCCGAAUCCCAGAAGAAUUUUAAGUUCCAGGCGCUUUCCUCUCCUCAGUCCCCGUUUCCUACCACCCCUACUGCAAGACGGGCCCUGCACCGAACGCUGUCGGAUGAGAGCAUCUACAGCGGCCAGAGGGAGCACUUCUUCGCCUCCAGGGCUUCGCUUCUGGACCAAGCCCUGCCCAAUGACGUCCUCUUCAGCAGCACGUACCCUUCCCUGCCCAAGUCUCUCCCGUUGCGGAGGCCUUCCUACACCUUGGGAAUGAAGUCGCUGCAUGGAGAGUUCUCGGCCUCAGACAGCUCCCUCACGGACGUCCAGGAGACCCGAAGGCCUCCCAUGCCCGACCCCGGCCUGAUGCCCCUGCCCGACACUGCUGCGGAUUUAGAUUGGUCCAACUUGGUGGAUGCUGCCAAGGCCUAUGAGGUCCAAAGAGCCUCCUUCUUCGCUGCUAGUGAUGAAAGCCACCAGCCCUUGAGUGCUGCACCCAACAGUGACCAGCUUGAGGAGCAGGCUCUGGCCCAGAUGAAGUCCUACAGCAGCAGUAAAGAUUCCUCCCCCACUCUGGCUUCUAAAGUGGACCAGCUGGAAGGGAUGCUGAAGAUGCUCCGGGAAGAUUUGAAGAAGGAAAAGGAAGACAAAGCCCACCUGCAGGCGGAAGUCCAGCACCUCCGGGAGGACAACCUAAGGCUGCAGGAGGAGUCCCAGAAUGCCUCGGACAAGCUGAAGAAGUUCACGGAAUGGGUCUUCAAUACCAUAGACAUGAGCUAGGGCCGGCCGGCGGGGGGAGCCCCGGGAGGGGGUGGGGGGCUCUCCGCUGCGGUUUGGCGCUCCUUCGACCAUGCCCCGGAAAGCCUUCUCAGCCAACCCGCCCUCGCUUCCCACUCCGGCCCCUCUCGGGGAGCGCACAACACAAUUAUUGCAGAUCAACAAUCAUUAUCUGCCUUUUGUAGAAAAGAAAAACAAAAAAGUAAAUAAAAAUUUUAAAAAGUAAAAUAAAAGUUUAACUGCUAAAAUGUGAA